AUUGAUCAACACUCAUAAUCAGACACGGAUUAUAAAGAUAAGAGAAACAGUAAGUCGGUUAAUUAGGAUUAAGUAACGCACAAGCCAAAGCCUUCUGAUCGAAUAUUUAACAAACAAAUCCUUCUUUUUUAAGAGGCGGACACAAACCCUAACCACCAACCCACCAACCCUCUCCGUCGUCAAAUUCCCCGGCGAAGAUGAAACGAAUUGUUCGAAUUUCAUUCACAGACACGGAAGCAACCGAUUCUUCAAGCAGCGAAGACGAAUCACCGCCGUCACGCCGUCGAGGUAAGAAGCUAGUCAAGGAAAUCGUCAUCGAUCCUUCUGAUCCCCCGGAGGUCGGAAAAACUCGGUUUAAAAUCAGGAUUCCAGCGAGGUUUCUUGCUCCGAAGACUACAACGAAUAAGAAGAAGUUCCGUGGCGUGAGGCAGAGACCAUGGGGGAAGUGGGCGGCUGAGAUUAGAUGUGGUCGAGCUCACGGCGGUGGUAAAGGAAGACCUGAACGUGUUUGGCUUGGGACUUUUGAAACAGCUGAAGAAGCUGCUCUUGCUUAUGAUAACGCUGCGAUUCAGCUUAUUGGACCUGAUGCUCCGACUAAUUUUCGCCGUCCUGAUGUUGAUUCUCCGGUGGUGAAGCAAGAUUCUGAUGCUGGUGGUGCUUCUGCAGCUUCUGGUGAAGAUGUUUGAUUUUCUUGGUUUUAACUAACUUGCAAGGUUACUUUGUUUAUCGUCUUUGUAAAUUGAUCAUCUUGCUUUUAACUUGAACAUCUCUUGUACAUGUUUGAAUUCUAAAGCUCUAAUUUUUCAUUCCCA